AUGAGCCCCAAUAUGAUCUCCAUCUCCAGUGCCCACUCAUUCAGCUCCAGAAUGACUGUGGCUCAGAGAAAAGAAGCAAAUGCACUUAGAAAGACUCUGAAACCCUUAAUGGAAAAGAGAAGGCGCGCUCGCAUCAAUGAGAGCAUCAACAAGUUAAAGGCGCUCAUUGUACCUCUGGUCGGCAAAGAUACUUCACGCUAUUCAAAGCUGGAGAAAGCCGACGUUCUUGAAAUGACCGUUAGAUACUUCAAAGAUCUCCCAUCCUCACCAGUUAAAGCACAAGCAGACAGUUACAGACAGGGCUAUGAAGCCUGCCUGCAGCGCGUCUCCGCGCUUCUCCCACGCACGAGCCUAGACCAAGAAACCUGCGCGCGCGUGCACGACUUCAUCCAACAGUCAAUGCGCUCGGUCCCGGCCUGCCACAAGUGCAACAAACAGACCCCCAGCAAGCUCUCAUCCAUCCAGCAAGAGCGACCGCUGAGCCAGAAGUCAAACCUGAUCCCACAAAGCGAUAACCGUGCAAGCAUCAUUGAAUCGAAUUCUGCCAGAGCUCAGGUUGCACCCCAGGCUGCCAUGCAGAACAUGUGGAGACCCUGGUAG